AUGAGUAGAUUUAUACAAACACCAUUUCUAUUUACUAUUAUUCUUUGUUUGUUUUAUUUAAUAAAACCCAUAGGCUCAUUAAAACCGAAGGAACGCGUCAGAAUAGCUACCGCUUUAUGUUGUGGUAAAGCAUCACAGCAAUGUUGUUUGGAGAAUUUGGAACAACCGUUUGGAAGCCUUCCUUGUGAAGUUAAGGAAUGGGAAAAACGUGCCAUCUGCAUCGAAGAAAAACUGCAUGGAUCAAAUAUGCAACUCGAUCAAACUUACCACUGCUGUAAACUCUAUCCAACAGCUACUUGUCGGUAUCGCUGCAAUACUUGGCUCCGAAGUAUUCGUUUACCGUUCCAUAUCAGAGUUCAAGAGUUAGAGAAGGAUUGUCCAUUCGUUCCAAUCAGACGUAAUAGAACAACCAGAGCUGUUCAGUACGAGGCGGAUACGCGUGAAGGUACAUGGUGUGCUGAUGAUCUUGAUGAUGCUCGUCACAUCUGCAUUCGGGAUUGUUUGAGAUAUCAACAUGAAUUCUUUGAGCCAACAAAAUAUUAUUUUAAUCAUUUGAACAUAACUCAUUGUCCAACUCUUCAUUUAAAUUAUAAUUAUUCCGUUUCAUGCUUAGGGGAAGAGCUUAAUCCAGCUCUCUAUUUUGAUUAUUUCAAAUUUGAAAACUAA